UUUGUUGUUUUGAUCAGUUUGACAUUGACGUUAAGUUUCUCGUUCUCGGAAAAUCAGUGCUAGUUGCAUAUUUUUAUUAGAAAGACAAAAUCAUCGGCGUUUAAAGUAUUAAAAGGUUAAUUUAAUCCUGGCUGGGCCUUACCGGGACGUGUCGCGAACCAUGGAAGUGGACCAGUACGCAGCCGAGUGGUCGUACGCCGGCGAAGGGUCUCGGCUGCCCCUUAUUGAUGAGUCGUCGGCUUUGGGGACUCAGGCCCCGAAAGAUAGGUUAAUAGCAGUGCUGGACCAAGUGGAGAUGCGGGUGGAGCGGCUGCGGCGCGACACCGUGCGCAUCGAGGAGGAGCGCGACUCGCUGCUGUCCACGCUGGACAGCGUCAAGCACUCCGAGCUGCUGACUGACAUCACCGACUGUGACAAGGACGACAUAGUCAGAUACGCGGACCGGAUCCUGGCGCGAGCGAUGACGGUGGAGGUGGCCGUGAGAACCGACCGCGACCCGCAGCAGGAAGAGGCGUUGCAUCAGGUGAACAUGUACAUAGACCAGCUAGUGAUGUCGGUGCACGACGAUGCGGUCGUGGCGCACUCGCGCUGCCAGACCUACAUGAACGCCUGCACGUCGCAACCUGACCCCUCUAGCGGGACUGACAAAAACUUCGAGUCCGCCAUCCUCGGCUGCACCCUCGACGACCAGAAACGAGUCAAGAAACGCCUCCAGGGACUCCUCGAGUACUUUGCGAGACUCAACGUCACCACGUGCUCGUGAGUAGAGGCCCAAAUGCAUAGACUAGUGCUCCACUGAGCUUAGUUAUUGCCAGCUUUUGUUUUACGCGGCUGAGAGGACUUCUUACGUUCGAGUUGGAUGAUCUGCUUGUGUUUCGUUUCAACUGAUGAUUGAUCUGUUAAAUGUUAUUGGGCUGAAAAAUUCUAGCGUGGUCUAAAUUCUAUUCAAAAUUGUAAAUACAUUAAAAUUACGCAUCCUUGAUGUUUCUUCCUAGAUAUUGAAUAUAUUUAGCGUUGUCCUGAUUCACAUUCAAAUCUCAGGUGUUUCACAGUGGGUAUAAGCUUUGGCAAAUGUGAUAAUGUGUGUUGCCAGCUAAAAUUAAUGUCGUUCACUAUCUGUUUGUACGCGUAAUAUUCCAGUACGUACGUAUCUUCCAGUGCACUCGUAAGGACAAUUUAUAUUAUCAGUCGUCUUAGCUUGUAUUUUGUCAAAGUUUUAAGCACCUUUUUUGUUGAUUGUUAUUUUAUUUUUAUUUUGAAUGUUAAAUGUCUUUUCGAUAAGCGAGUUGAGUUUUGGUUGCGAAAAUUGUCUGUAAGUGAUAUCUGUUAGGGUUCCACAUUUUGCUAAUAUUUGGGCUGUAUUUUUUGGAAAUAGGUUGUUUUGUUCUGUCUUCAAGCGACAGCUGAUGCAUUUUGAUGUAAUUUAAACAUAUUCCAUACUCAUUUAUGAUUCUGUUAGCGAGACUCAGGAGUUUUCAUUAUUCAAGAUUCCUAAAAUAUAAAUGUACUUUAACUAUUUAUGCUCAAUAGGCGUGUUGGGGAGGCCGUUAGUGCCUUUGAUUUGCGGAAAGUGUGUUGAUAUAAUUGUGUUUGAUGUAUAAAAUACACAGAGCUAAAAUCUAAAUAAUUUCCACUGAAACCUUAUGUAACACAUUUUCCUAGAUAAAAGGUAGUUGUUAUAGUGAGAUGAGAAGGUAUAUUUUGAUAAAUUUUUUGGAACGGUAUUCUGAUAAUAUCGUUCUUUAUAAAGAAAAUCUUUUGAGUGCUCAUGCUCUGAAAAUUUUGAAAAGUUUUCGUUCAAACAUUUAUCAUUUCAUGCCAAUAUCACACGAAUUUACCCGUUGGUAAGUUGUAUCAAAAUAUACUUUCCAGAAAGUGAUUUAUGAAAAUGUUUGUCGUGUAGUGAGAGGUAUGUUAUAAAAUAUUUUAUAUCUUAUUUUCUAAUAAAUUAUAACGGAUUAUUUAACAUCACCAAAAAGUUUAAAACAUUUUGAUUUGUAUCUAUCUUUUUAGAUAUAAGGUUAUAAUGUUGGAACGCUGUCAAUCUCGUUGCGCAUCCAACUACAAAGUUAUGUUGUAGUGACAAUGAUACAGGUACGUAGUACUAUUUUGGAUUUAUAAAAUCUCAUCACUUACGGUAUGAAAAAUUAAUAAUGUUUGGCUUAGACAUGAUUUAGGGUUAGCAAAACUAAUUUAAAAAAUUCAAAAUUAAUACAUUAAUAAAGUGUUGUAAUAAGCAACGGGAAACUAAUCAAAAUUAUCUCUAAAAUAUAUCCCAUAAAAUAAAGCUUAUUUGAUUUGAUUUCUAUGAUAAGAGAUGCUGUACAUCCUAAUUUAAUGACGGUAAUUUACAUAUGUUUAUUUCCUAUAUUUCUAAACUAUGUAGGUAUUACAGUCGGUAAAAGUGCUACAUAGUUAGAUAGUUUACCGUUUUAUAUUUACAAAACCUAUUGUACUUAUGUUACGAACGAUACAUGAUAAUUUAUGUGUUAGUUGUAAUUGUAAUAAUAUGUAGAAAGUCUGACAUAGAUAAGCAUAAGCAGUACGCGGACUUUUUAGGGUCCAAUAUAAAAAUAUUUAAAGCUGAUAUAGCGGCAUUUGUUUUUUACUUAUUUACGCAUAAAUAUCAUUAUCUAUGUCAGACUGAACCUUUGGCGCUUG